CGGCGCCUCUCCUCUCCGGUCAGACACACCUCCACCGAAUUGGGGCAUCUCAUUCUCCCUUCUUUCUCUCCGGCGUCGGAGAAUCAGAAAUUUACUUCUCCCACCCUCCGCCGAGUGGAUUAACUGGAUCAUUACGCACUGCUACGGAUAUGGAUCCUCGUCAAUUCGAAGACAUCGUUGUUGAUGAUAAGGAUAUUCACAGCAUUGUAAUGUCAUAUCUUCUGCACAACUGCUUCAACGAAACUGCAGACUCACUUGCUUCUUGUACUGGAGUUAAACAACUUGCAGUUGAUAGUGAUAAUAUCGAGAGAAGAAAACAAAUCAUACAUUUUAUACUGGAGAGGAAGGCAAUGAAGGCUAUUGAACUUACUGAGCAACUAGCACAAGACUUGCUUGAGAAAAACAAGGAUUUGCACUUCGAUCUUCUAUGCCUUCAUUUUGUGGAGCGUGUCUGUGCUGGGAAUACCCGGGAAGCUCUUGACUUUGCUCGUACAAGAUUGACUCCUUUUGGGGAGGUCCAAAAUUAUGUAGGAAAGCUUGAAGACGCAAUGGCAUUGUUAGCUUAUGAAGACCCUGGGACAUCCCCAAUGUUCCAUCUCUUGAGCCCUGAACACCGACAACAGGUUGCCGAUAAUCUGAACCGCACAAUUCUUGAACAUACAAACCAGCCAAGCUACACACCAAUGGAAAGGAUCAUACAACAGGCGACAGUUGUGAGACAAUACUUGACUGAGGAGAAUGGCAAAGAUGCAUUUCCUCCAUUCUCUUUGAAGGAUUCUCUCAAAGGCUAAGAUUGGAGGACGACUGCAAAGUUUGCUAGGAGGAGGAUAUGCUAAGCAUUGUCAUGUAAAUACCAAAAGGCUUGCUCAUCUCCAUUGUUUAAAUCUGUCUUCAUCUCCAGCAAACAUGGAGACAAGGUUAGUCUUCCAUGGCCACUGGAGAGAUUUCGGUUUGCUGUUGCAGGUCAUCAAUAUGUGAAGGACAUAAUCGGUUUGGUUCGGUUUGGUUCAAUUCUCUACCAGAAAAUUGUCUCUUCAACUUUGUGCUAGUUUGGUCGAUAAAUCUGUGAUCCAUAUCCUUGCGAAACAUUUUUAACUUUGUAACUAUCGUUUAUGUUUUGAUAUUCAA